UCUGAGGUCAAACUAUCAAUGCUUUACUCGUGUGAGAUUAUCCAUUGAUUGUAAAGAAUUCUUGUUGGUCACAUUUCCUAUUGCAACUCAGACCUCCCCCGUGAUCGUGAUCUGCUUGUGUAAAGCUUAUAUGCGUGAAUCGGAAACGAUGCAUACGAGAGUAGCAAGCGUGGUGUGUUGGUUUGUGUCACAACUUCCUUUUCAACUGCAAGCUGAUCAAGAGGCUCAGAAGAACACGAGGAAGAAAACAUCUCGAGCCAUUCUCUCGGCUUCCUUGCUGGACUGCUUGUUUUGAUUGACAUGUCAAACCCAGUCAUCACUCAGCCUGGUGCUGGCUCUUAUGGUACAAAUGUGCAGACUGGAGAGUGGAGCACUGGUCUUUGUUCUUGCUGCAGUGACCUACUUGUCUGUGGACUUGGUUGUGUCUGUCCAAUAGCCCUCAGCUGUUACACAGCACACAAGUAUGGUGAGAAUGUAUGUCUCUCAUGUGUACCUGGAGGAAUGGCUGCAAUGAGGACACACAUGCGUCUAACCUAUGGAAUACAGGGCACAAUAUGCAAUGAUGCUUUGAUGACCUGUUGCUGUGGAGUAUUUGAAACAUGCAGAAUGACCAGAGAAAUUCGUAUCAGGAAUGGAGAGACUUAAACCUAGUCAUUACCUUUUCAGUUUUCAAAUUCUUUGAAUUUGAGUAGUAUGCGGCGGCAGGAUAAUUAAAACGAUAGAAUCUGUAAAAACGUUUUAUUUUAAAUAAAAAAGGUGACAAAUUCUGUUUAUUUGAUAAGCAAAGUAAAUUGUGUUACAAUAUAUUAUUGCAGUUAAGUCUUGAAUAUGAGUGAAUUUAAUAUUGUGUGAAUGCUUGCAAUUAUGUUCAUUAUUACAUUGUACGAGCUGACAAAUUUGCUAUAAUGCUUAAAAUGUACCAACCUGCAGCAUUAAUGUUACUACAGGUGUCUCAUAUAUUUAAUAGGCCUAGGCCUAUUCACCUCAAACACAAUAAAAAAUUAAAAUUAAAUCAACACAGUAUUUUUAAAUUUAUUUACAAUUUGAACUCUUUUGCUGUUGAUUGUAAUAUUUUUUUAUUUAUUUUUUGCUUUAUAAACGACCAUACAAAUUAUAUAUAACUUCACGUCAAUGCGAAAUUGGAGAGACGUAUUGCGUCAUCAUCGCACAGCAGUACGAGCGCCUCUGAUUGGCUGUUGUUGGCGGUGACCUGGCAACCGAGAGAGGGUUUACAGACGCUUAUUAUUCUGCAGGAUCUUCAGCUACAAACACGCAGAGCGCAGGUCGCGACUUUUUAUUGACAACCAGUGACUGCUUACCGAUACUAGCUGCUCUUUAUCCAUCUUCAGUGGGGAUGUCGACGCGAACGUUGCCUCUUCUCUUCAUUAAUCUGGGUGGAGAAAUGCUGUACAUCCUGGAUCAGCGCCUGCGGGCUCAGAAUAUCCCAGCAGAUAAAGCGAAGAAAGAAUCCACUGUAGCAGAUUGGCUAGAGGAGGACAGAAAAAGAGUUAUGAAUGAUAUCAUUACCACCAUGUUCAAUAAGAAGUUCCUGGAAGAGCUGUUCAAGCCACAAGAGCUGUACUCCAAGAAGGCUCUCAGGACGGUGUUUGACCGACUGGCUCAUGCCUCCAUCAUGAGACUCAACCAAGCUAGUAUGGACAAGCUCUAUGACUUGAUGACCAUGGCGUUCAAGUAUCAAGUCCUGCUGUGUCCUCGGCCUAAAGACAUCCUCCUUGUGUCCUUCAAUCAUAUGGAUGCCAUCAGGGACUUUGUGAAAGACACUCCCAGCAUCCUCAGCCAAGUGGAUGAAACAAACAAACAACUCGUAGAGAUAUAUACCCCUUUAUCUGGUGGAGAGUUUCAACUAAUUAGACAAACGCUCCUCAUCUUCUUUCAAGAUAUGCAUAUAAGAGUAUCAAUUUUCCUGAAAGACAAGGUACAGAACUCCAAUGGACGAUUCGUUCUUCCCACAUCAGGCCCUGUUCCGUAUGGGACGCACACCCCAGGACUCAUGAGGAUGUUUAGCUGUAGUGGUGAGGAGGUGAGAAGGAUGCAGUUCCGCGAUGGGGGCAACUACAACGCCGCUCUCCGUGAGGGAUCUUUUGAAAUGUAUGGAGAUCGAGUCAUCAAACUGGGCACAAACAUGUACAGUGUGAGCCGUCCUGUUGAAACACACAUGUCUGGAACCUCAAAAAACUCUUCACAACACACCAAGGUCAACACAACUCCGAACCCUUUGGCAAAAGAAGAGUUGAACCUGCUUGCUAGACUGAUGGGAGGUCUGGAGGUGCAGAAUCCAGCCGGCACUGACUCUGGCUUCCGUGUUAACCUCUUUGCCACUGACGAGGAGGAAGAGGAGGCUUUGAUAUCAAGACCGGAUGAGCUUUCGUAUGAAGUUAUUAAUAUCCAGGCAACAAAGGACAAACAGACCAAUGCUGAGCUGGCUAAGAUCAUGGGAGAGUUCGGAGAGACGGGAGAACCUUCCCCCAGUUCCAGCAGCAAGGGUGAUGACCUCCUGGCCAUGAUGGAUGGACUGUGACUUAAACUUGGUGUUCCCUUUGACUGAUGAGAGCGACUGAGCUGUAAAACAGGAUAAAGUGCUACAAUGUUUUACUCAGCAAAGAGGCCUUUUGUCUGGAGCUACAGUGACAACCAUAUAUAUAUAUAUAUAUAUUCAGAACAACAGCUUAGCUCGACGAGAAAUUCUUUCUUUGAGAAUUUCGUGCAAUUUUUGUCUCCUGCCACCCACUAAAUGCGAGAAAUGCAAAUAGCAGGUGUAGAAAUGUGAUAUGUGUCUUACUGUGGGACCAUAUUUACUUUUCCAUAUUCUUUCUGUGAAGUUAGUUUGGACCUACUGAGGCGGCACACUCCAUGCCAUCACAUACUUCAGCCAAUGGUUUGAAAUCAGUCUUCACAGUAGGGUCUGCUGGCAGUGUGGGCUUUGAUGCCGCAGACACUGACAUUUAGAUCAGUGGACCGAAUAAAACGCCUUUCCUAGACUAUCUUAGUUGUCUAAGAGGACAAUAUGCACACAUGGAAUUCAUUUAAAUUCAUUUGAUGUGCAACCAAAAGGUGUGGGAUAUGUACAAAACAUGCGCUGCUUAAGACAGGGUAAUGGAGGAAACCGAAGUGCACUUGUGGUAAAUGUUGAGCACAGAUCCUAAAACUGGUUUACAGGAAGCCCUAGGACAAUUGGUGUAUGUUUGUUUUGCCUUUACUCAAAGGGAAUGCAACAAAGUCAGGUAUUUCAAGAAAUUCAAAUAAAAUGUCUUAGAGUGUACAAUUGUUGCAUUAUAUGUUACAUGACAAUGUGUAUACGUGAAACCACCUUCCAUGGAAAGAAAGCAAUGCAAUAGGUGUGGUGGAUGAAAUGGUUUAUUUUUUCAUAAGCAAAAUAGAGCUUAUUUAUUGAAGUUAAUGUACUGUAUAUGAAUGUUCAUUUUUGUCUGUUUACUGUUUCAUUUUAUUGAAAUAGAUUUGAAUGUGAAAUAAAGUAUAACUUU